CAAAUCCAAACGGCUAAUAGAAAGGGGCAAGCCAAAAUCGCGGAGCUCAUUUCCGAGGUGCGCACAUGCGAAUUCCGUGCGCACCUGAAGCGCACAGUAGCCCCACUAACGAUCUCCAGCCACAUCACUCGGCGCAACGUAGCCACCUGCCUCCUGUCCAAUUCCCCGCGACUCCCUUCCCCCAUUGUUUUUUCCCCCCUUCUUCUCCACUCUCUUCAACAAUCACACUGUCAAAAAACACUUAAAUUCCCGAUCAGCCCUCGGCCAAUCCACUGAAUUCCCGUUCUGCCCCCCGCCGGCCCCAAUGGCACCGUUGUCCAGCUCGCCGGCGGCGGCGCGGAAGGUUUUCCCUCCCCGCCGCCGCCCGUCGCCGCCGCCGCCGCACAGGAAGUUCAGGUCGAUGGAGGACAUCAUGAGGACAGCCAAGUACGCCGUGACCGAGCGCGACGACUACAGCCGGGUCGUCUGCUGUAAAUGCGGGUCCGGCGAGGAUUCGGACGAGAUACUCCUGUGCGACCGGUGCGACGAUGGGUACCACAUGCUGUGCCUCCGGCCGAUCGUGGUCCGCGUCCCCAUUGGGUCGUGGUACUGCCCUAGCUGCUCCCGAAAUCGCCCCGUCAAACGUUUUUCCCAGACGAAGGUGAUCGAUUUUUUCCGGAUUCAGAAACACACACAUAAACUUGAUGCCUUUCAAUUGACUCUUCUAGAUACUAGAAAACGUCGCAGACGUUCCGGUACGUUGGUUUUGCACAAGAAAAGGAGGAGACGAAUAUUACCAUUUUCUCCAACGGAAGAGCCUGCCCGAAGGCUUGAACAAAUGGGUUCACUUGCUUCAGCUUUAACAGCAUUGCGAAUGGAAUUCAGUGAUCAGCUCACUUACAUGCAAGGGAUGACUCCUAGAUCUGCCAAUCAAGCAGAGUUUGAAAAUGGUGGCAUGCAGGUUCUCUCCAAAGAAGAUACUGAAACAUUGGAACAGUGUAGAACUAUGUACAAAAGAGGCGAAUGCCCUCCUCUUCUUGUCGUUUUUGAUUCAUGUGAAGGCUAUACUGUAGAGGCUGACGGCCCUAUAAAGGACAUGACACUUAUCGCAGAAUAUACUGGGGAUGUGGACUACAUUGUGAAUCGGGAAAAUGACGAUUGUGACAGCAUGAUGACCCUUCUUCUAGCAAAGGAUCCAUCUAAAAGCCUUGUAAUCUGUCCUGAUAAACGUGGAAACAUUGCUCGCUUUAUUAAUGGAAUUAACAACCAUACUCCGGAUGGGAGGAAGAAGCAGAAUCUUAAGUGCGUGAGAUACAAUGUAAAUGGUGAAUGCCAGGUCCUUUUGGUCGCUACUCGGGACAUUGCCAAGGGGGAGAGGCUGUAUUAUGACUAUAACGGAUAUGAGCAUGAAUAUCCAACCCAUCAUUUUAUCUAAGAUAAACAGAUAACUCUGUCUAACAUGUCGGGAGAUUGAUCAUGUAGUUCCUGAUUCUGAUAGAUUUUUUUUUUAUCUCCAUUCCUAUUCAUAGCUUCUAAAUUUUUGUUACAGAGUAUCCCCAAUUUUCCCAUUAACAAUUGUAACCUCACCCAUCAAUUAUAAUUUUAUCUUGUAGUGCCAGCCAAGUAUGUCUUGCGGAAAUAAAGCAGCCAUGGAACCUUUCUUUGUUUUAAUUAAGUAAAUGAAGGGCUUUGAGAGAUUUCAAUUUGCUUUAA